AUGCCCCAGACCAGUGAGGGAAACGUACACGCCAAUCAAUACCGCGAGCCAAAGCCUUCGCAGGGAGGCCCGUCGCGACCUGUGUCGGAGUUGUUCCGUCUUGAUAACCGCACCGUCAUAAUUACUGGCGCAACUGGGUUCCUGGGAACUACACUCGCCAUCGCGAUAUUCGAGAGCGGCGCCGAUGUCGUUUGUCUGGAUCUUCUCCCUACGCCGAUUGCGGCCAACUGGGGCGAAGUCGAAAGUGCCGCAGCUAAGUACGACCGCCGACUCUCAUACUACCAACUCGACGUGACCGACGAGAAUGCGGUUUCCGAAACCUUUGCCAAGUUCAUCCCCACGCUGCGAUAUCCGGUUAAGGGUCUUGUUACCUGUGCAGGGCUUUCGCGAAAUGGUCCUGCGACCGACUUCCCAGCAUCUUCUUUCAGAAAGGUCUUGGAUAUCAACGUGACUGGUACAUUCCUUAUUGCGCAGGCCACGGCUCGGGAGUUGAUAAGGACGAACAACACUGGAAGCAUGGUUUUGGUUGCGAGCAUGAGCGGAUACGGUGUGAACAAGGGUGUCGAUACUGCUGGCUACAACACAUCCAAGGCCGCCGUCCACCAGCUCACGCGCUCCCUAGCUGCCGAGUGGGGCUCCAGGCUUGAGAUUCCUCUCAUUCGUGUCAACUCGCUCUCUCCCGGAUAUAUCCGCACAGCUGCUACGGCUGAGGCUUUGCAGAAGCCUGGAAUGGAAUCACAGUGGAUUGGCGACAACAUGCUUUAUCGCCUGAGCACAGUGGACGAAUUCCGUGCUCCCGUUCUUUUCAUGCUGGGCGAUGGGAGCAGUUUCAUGACUGGGGCUGACUUGCGCGUCGAUGGUGGACAUUGUGCUUGGUAA